ACAAACUUUCGUGGUUGUCGGUCGAAUCAGAAUUUGGGAUUAAAAGUUUAAUUUUUAUGAAAUUCGUUGUGUUGAAUUAGAAUUCUACAAUUGAAUUCAUUACUGUUGCAACAUGGAUUGCUGCCGCAUCUGUUUGGUAGACGAAGCUGAUGUGUUUCUGUCGCUAUUUUCAAAAUCCGAGCAAAUCCCGAUCGCAGAGAUGGUGAAUGCACUGACCGGAUUAAAGAUUGCGAAAGGCGACGGUCUUCCCCGGUUCAUCUGUAAGGAAUGUUCCGAAGACAUUCAGAAAUGCUACCGAGUGCGGCUCAAAUGCUUGGAGUCCGAUCGACAACUGCGAAGUACGCUAGAGAAAACGCAUGAAAAGAUGAAAAUGGUCGAGUUUUAUCUCCAGAAGGAAAUCCAAAAAAGCGAACCAUCUGUAGCAGGGGCAGCAAAAGUAGAGCCCAAUAAUAUUACACCGGAAGUUUUGAAAAAUGUGAUUUCCGAUGACAAACUGAUGGGCUUGCUGCCUUCCUCGAGCGAUAAGCAAUCUUCAGUGGACGCAGCGACAGCACCGUCUGAGCAUAUUGUUCAGCAUGCCGAGCUUAGUGUUCCAAUGGCUCCGGUUAUCGAGAAAAAGGAAGCAGCUGUAAGUCAAAUUAACAUCAAGCAGGAAAGCAACACAGAUUUGAUAAUGGAGAAGGUGCCUGAGGAUGAUGUGGAUACCAAUCAAGAGGAAAGAGAUGAACAGCACGAGGAAGAAAUCGAAGAUGAAGAAAACGCCUAUCUUGACGAGGAAGUAUUAGACGAAAACCUUGCUUCUUCGGAGAAGAUACAGAAUGAGGAGUGUAUCACUUCAAGUCAGAACAUGGAAAACAUGGUAGAAGAGGAACUUGAAUAUUCAGAAGUAUAUUUGGAAAUGACUGAUGAGAAUCCGGAAGAAGCGCAAUACACGAUUACAGCAGAAGACGGAGGUAGUGUGGAGCAUGAUACGUUCGUUGACCGAGUGGAUUCUGAUUUUACCCAAGAUGAGUAUUCCGGAAAAUUUAUUUGUUGCGGAUGCAAAGCACAUUUUAGUUCCAAUGAAGAACUUUUGCAGCACUCUUCUGAAGAGCACGAAAAAAUGAGACUGAAGCACAGUGCCAAACCAUUUGAGUGCAACAUAUGCUUCAAACGGUUUCUCAGUGAUGCUCGUUUAACGCUGCACCAGUCUUAUGUUUAUCGGGAGAAGAAUCACGUCUGUGACAAGUGUAAUUCUCGUUUCACCUGCCGAGGUUCGUUACUGAACCACAUGAAAACACAUGCUGAUCGGACGUACUUUUGCGAAGAUUGCGACAAAUCAUUCCACACUAGCAGCACGCUGAAAUCCCAUCGCUUACUGCACACUGAAUCAAAGCAGUUCAAAUGUCCUGCAGAAAAUUGCGACAAAAGCUUCCUCCGAAAGUCUGACCUCCACAUCCACCUUGUUUCGCAUUCCGACGAACGCCCAUUUGAAUGUGAGGUAUGUUCCGCCCGUUUUAAAUCGAAAGCUCACCUGGUCCACCACGGCAAAGUUCAUACCAAAGAAAAACCCUACAAAUGCAACCAAUGUGACAAAGCCUUCGGAACGUACUCGGCUCGCAAGUUUCACCAGCUGGCCCACGAGGGUAUCCAUCCAUACAAGUGUACCUACUGCGACAAGAUCUACCAACGGAACACGAAACUGCAGGUUCACAUUCGGCGGAUCCAUACCGGCGAGCGGCCGUUUGCGUGCGAUAUGUGCGAGGAAGACAUUCGAUUCUACCAGAACUGGGAACUGACGGCACACAAGAAGAAGGUUCAUAAUUUGGAAGUGGCCGGUCAACAACAACAUCAGAAGAUGGAAGUGGACGAAGAACUGGAUGACGACGAUGACGAUGGCAUGGAGGACGAUUUCGAAUAUGAAUCAAAGGUAAAACGAUUAAAGUCCUCACCUAAGUAAAAUGAUUUUUGUUAAUAUUAUCUGAAUGAUAAAUGUUAUUCGUUAGAACCUAAGUAAUGGUUACACAAUUUGGUAAUUGGAUAUUUUAACAAUAAAGUGUAUUUAAGAACACCAUUCAAAAAUACAA